GCAUCCUUGCCUGAAACCUUAUCCUUAAAUUCAAUCCUUUCGUUUAACCUCUAAUCAUGGUUCCACGUCCAAGUAUCAUCAUGCAUGAAUAUCGCAACAUUUUAGUAAAUGAAAGAAAUUCGGUAGAGAGAAAAAUUACAAGGAGAAGGAAUAAGAAGACUGAGCUGCUGAAGAGGAAUCUUGAUACGGGGCUGGACAGAUCGCUUGGGAGGAGACUGGAGAUCACUGCUGAACUUAUAGAGCUCCAAAUAAUCAGCGAUCAGUUGGACAUGGAUAUCAGGGAUACCACUAGAGUGAUUGAAAGGAUGUUGGAAAGAGAGACUGGUGUUGCCCGGGUCCUGCCAGAUAUUCCAUGCCCUCUGGAUGACCCCAUCCAUGAUUCCGAUGGUGAGGGACCAUAGGAUGGAGCA